CCGCAACAGCGCAUUGAGCAGCCAGCUGCGUCCUCGAUUUUGCCCACCAUGGAUCGCUUCGACUCCCUGGCGAAUACCUUGUCAAACCUGACCGUCUACGAUAUCAAGAACAUGUACAACCAGGCCAAAAAUGUUGUGCUCAAUAUCAGCGAGAUGGAGUCCAAGGUCAGAGAGGCAACUAAUGACGAACCUUGGGGCGCCAGUUCCACAUUAAUGCAAGAAAUUGCUCAAGGGACGUUCAACUUCCAAAACUUCAAUGAAAUCAUGCCAUGUAUAUAUGCCCGGUUUAUGGAAAAAGAGGCCCGACAGUGGAGGCAGAUUUACAAGGCUCUUCAACUGCUUGAGUACUUGAUCAAACACGGCAGUGAGAGAGUUGUCGACGACUCCCGCUCCCACAUCUCUACGCUCAAGAUGCUCAGAAAUUUCCAUUACAUAGACGACAAGGGCAAAGAUGAGGGCCAGAAUGUCCGCAACCGGGCCCGUGAACUAGUAGAGUUGUUAUCCGAUGUAGAGAACAUCCGCACUGAGCGACGGAAAGCGAAAAAUAAUCGCCAUAAAUACACUGGGACAGGCAACGAUCCUAUGAGCUUCAGCUCGGGUGGCAGUCGCUUUGGCGGAUUUGGCAGCGAUAGCUUCUCGAGUGGAAGUGGAGGCUAUUAUGGCGACAGAAUGAGUGGUAGAGAUGAUUACGGAGGCAGCUCUGGUUUCAAAGAUAGCAACGGUAGAAAGGACUUCGAGGAGUACACUGCUGGGGACGACGAAACUGUUGUCAGACGGUCAGGUUCUGUCAAUAGGAGUCAUACUGGGUCCCGUCAGGGCACACAAUCAGUUAGUUCUCCUGUCCGUACGGCACAACCUGCACCUCCGAAGCCGAAAGAACCUGAGGUCGAUCUCCUGGGUGGUUUCAGUGACGAGCCAGUGACCGCUCCCCCCGUGUCCAACACGAACAAAGCCCUUCCAUCCGUGGGCAAUGUCAGUCUUGACGAUGAUGAUUUUGCUGAUUUCCAAGCCGCGCCAUCUUCACCCGCGCCGUCUUCACCUGCCCCGGCAUCUGCCCCCGUCCCUACCAAGCCUACGUUGAUGGAAAUGCUACGGAGUGCAAGUCCUCCUACUGGCAAUCGGGCACCCAUGAUGAGCCCAUCUCUUGCCUCACAAGUUCCUACUGGAUUUCCCAACACCUCCAUGAGGGCACUUUCUCCCACAAACAGGCAAUUUUUCCCUGCAGCUGCCAGUGGGUCAUCCGGUAGCUUGUGGUCUACGUCGACGCCGCUGUCGCCUACCACAUCCGUACGAACACCAAUGUCAGCUGCACCCAUUCCCCCCGCAGCUGCACCCCCGAAAGCUUCACCCGCCUCACCCCCGAAGUCGUCGUCGAACUUCGAGGACUUGUGGUCCAUGUCUCUAGGCACAUCAUCGACGACCCCGACUGUCAAGUCUGGAAGCACUGGUAAAUCUAUUAAAGACCUCGAGAAGGAGAAAGCCCAGGCUGGUAUCUGGGCGUCGAGUCAGAAACCAGGGGCGGCCCAGAUGGGAAUGGGUGGAUUCGGGAACUUUGGUGGAAUCGGUACCUCCGGUGGAGCCUCUUUUGCUUCUGCGAGCGGUGGAGAUGAUCUCUUGCUGUGAACCAUGAUUACAGACUUGAUCGUGCGGUUCGGUGCAGUUGCUUGUUUAAUGUUGCGGCCUUGGUUCAUAAGUUUAUCUGUUAUCAAUUUUUUGCGGAAUUCUGGUGUCCGUGUGCAACUUCCAAGUCCAUCAUGCUCAGGAAGAGCCGGAUUCAGCUCAUAUUGUAGAAGCCUUGACAUCCAUUAACACAAGCUUUCUGUGCGAUAGGUGUGAAAGAAUCCACGCUACAGCAUUAACAAAGUAGGUGG